AGGAGAUCCUAGGACCUAUUGCCUCACUUUUGUACAAAACUAUUAGAACAGUAGGUAUAGCAUUCAAAUUCUUGUAGAGUGUCACAGAGGGAGAGCAGACGAAGCAGCAGGCAGGCCCAGGCACUACAGUCGGAUUUGACAAAUCAGUUCCAUUCGGAAUUUCGUCAGAAGAAUAUAUUUUUCCAAGUAAGAAGUCAGCAGAGUUUAGCAGAUCACACAAUGUCCGACCAGAAUAAAUUACAACCUGACAAUGAUCCAGAAUACGAGGAGCUCCUCAAGUACUUUAAGAGCAAUAACCUCAUUUCCGAUUCACCCUCCGUUACGGUCCGUCCCGGAAGGGUCAAGAUCACAGCCGACGGUGUGGUGAUCGUUGACCAAGGUACUAAUAUGCGACGUCGCAACCUCAAGGCCGUGCUCACUCUGCCCGACCUGAAGGAGCGCGCUUCUUAUUCGUCUCACAAGUGGCUGUACGAGCUGUCCUUGAAGCUGGCCGAGGACCCGCCCAGCCCGUAAGUAUAUGCUGGAAUACGGCUGACGGUCUUGGCGACCCGCCAGAGAUCAAAAGACACAAGACGGUCAAGCAGAACAUGCCAUCAUUUUAUCAAAAUUAGACUGUUUUAUUUGUUAUAUCACACACACACUUUAACAAACCCAAAAUGGCAAUAGUUGUAUGUGUUAUGUGCCGCUCAAAUUUAUUUCAAAUAUAAUACCCACGAGUCCACGGGGAAGUUUCGCCAUCCACCA